GGGAUACACAGUGUCUACCAGCUCGGACAACAACCCGUUCAAUCGGUCGCCCCUCUCAAGGUGUUUGACGGGAAGACCGUUCAAAGUUCUCGACAAGACGCAACUGAUUACGCCUUAGCUGAACGAGCAUAUCAGUUUGUUCAAGGGAAAGAUUUGGUCGAGAAUCUCAGGAAGGUACCAACAUGUAUGCGUAACUUGCAUUCGUGGUACCUUAAGGCCUCAAAGGAAGGGAUCGAGACUAUCAUGGUGCGAGUUAGGGAAGAGCACUACUUCCAGGAGUACUGUGUGAACGUUGACUUCGCCGAACUCUUUCAGUUAUAUAAUCUCCGGGCCCUCGACAAAUCAAUCAUCAGUUGCUAUUGUCUAUCGAAGAUGCUCGAAUGCAAAAGGGACGAUAUCACAGACAUUGGGUUCAUUGACCCGCACACAAUGCAUGUUAAAACCAUAGAGGAUCCCCUCUAUAACAAGGAUACACCGCAGACUUUGCUAAGGUUUUUGAAGCGACAACGUGACAAAAAGCUAAUACUUUGGCCUUACAACUUCGAGUGAGUCUUACUGUCUUAUAACACAUUAUAUUUUGCUCACCGUAUGUCAAAAUUUUAACUAAUGACUACAUAUUGAAACGUGCGUAGGUUUCACUUUAUUC